CAGAGUGGCAGUUAAGUGACGCCAUUCGCUCCAAAAAUCCGCGUGAACCUCUUUCGUCUUUUAUUUUACGGAUUUCAAAAUUUUCUUCGCUGCUCUUUCUCUGUCUCUCUCAAUCUCAGGCCUCAAAAUUAUGGAAGAAGUCGACGAAACAGAUGUGGAGUCUCAGGUGUAUAUGGCAUGUAUCAUGCAUGGCCAAAGGGUUGGAAUCUCUUUUUAUGAUUCAAGUAUAUGUCAACUCCAUGUUCUGGAAUUCUGGGAAGAUGGCAAUGAGGAUUUUCCUUUAGUUGAGAUGGUGAAAUACCAAGCCCAACCAUGCAUAAUCUAUACCAGCACCAAGUGCGAACAAUCCUUCUUGGCUGCUCUACAAAACAAUGAUGGGAAUGCUGAAGCUCCAACAGUAAAGCUCGUAAAAAGUUCAUUAUUCAGCUAUGAGCAAGCAUGGCAUAGAUUAAUGUACCUGCGUGUAACUGGAAUGGAUGAAGGGUUGAAUAUCAAAGAAAGGGUCUCUUAUCUUAGUUCCAUGAUGGAUGUGGGCAGUGAUGUUCAAGUUCGUGCCAGUGGGGGACUUCUUGCCAUAUUAGAGAAUGAGAGGGUACUAGAUACCCUUGAAGCGAAGGAAAGUGGGAAUGCGUCAAUUGCAAUAAAUUCAGUUUCUGAGAUUUCACUAAACAACUUCCUCAAAGUUGAUUCUGCUGCCCAUGAGGCAUUGCAGAUAUUCCAAACUGACAAGCAUCCAAGUCACAUGGGCAUUGGUAGAGCAAAGGAAGGGUUCUCUGUAUAUGGGAUGAUGAAUAAGUGUGUAACACCUAUGGGCAGACGUUUAUUAAGGAACUGGUUCCUGAGGCCUGUACUUGACGUUGAAAAGUUGAAUAUUCGCCUCAAUACUAUAUCUUUCUUUCUUUGUGCUGAAGAAUUGUUGGUUUCUUUGCGGCAAACUCUGAAGUCUGUGAAAGAUAUUCCUCACAUACUCAAGAAAAUCAAUUCUCCAAGCUCUGUAUGUACAAGUAGUGACUGGACGUCAUUUCUUAAGAGCAUAUGUUCACUGCUGCACAUAAACAAGAUAUUUGAAGUAGGGAUUUCAGAAACACUUCGAGAGCAACUGAAGCAUUUAAAUUUGGAUAUCAUUGAGAAGGCUGGUCAUUACAUGUCUACUGAUCUGGCCUAUGUAUAUGAGCUGGUCAUGGGAGUUAUAGAUGUAAAUCGAAGUAAAGAUAAGGGUUAUGACACGAUAGUGAAAGAUGGUUUUUGUGGUGAGUUGGAUGAGCUGAGGCAAAUAUACGAGGAAUUGCCAGAAUUUCUGGAAGAGGUUUCAUCAUUGGAACUCGCAAGAUUACCUCAUAUGUCUGGGGAGAAAUUCAUCCCUUGUAUCGUUUAUAUACACCAGAUAGGCUACUUAAUGUGCAUUUUUGAAGACAAACUCAAUGAUAACAUUCUAGAAAAACUUCAGGAUUUUGAAUUUGCUUUCUCUGAUGAAGAUGGAGACUCCAAGAAGUUUUUCUAUCGCACUGCAAAGACAAGAGAACUGGAUGACCUUCUAGGAGAUAUAUAUCACAAAAUUUUGGACAUGGAGAGAGCUAUUACCAGAGAUCUCGUCACUCACGUUCUUCAAUUCUCUGAUCCUUUACUCAAAGCUGUUACUUUUACAGCUGAGCUUGAUUGCUCUUUGUCAUUAGCAUUGGUUGCUCGCCAGAACAACUAUGUGAGGCCGAUUUUGACUUCAGAAAGCGUGCUAGAUAUAAGAAAUGGAAGGCAUGUUUUGCAGGAAAUGACAGUUGAUACAUUUAUUCCCAAUGAUACGAAGAUUCUGGAUGAAGGAAGAAUCAAUAUCAUCACUGGUCCUAAUUAUUCGGGGAAAAGUAUCUACAUAAAGCAGGUUGCGUUGAUUGUUUUCCUCUCUCACAUUGGAAGUUUUGUACCAGCAGAUUCAGCUAUAGUGGGUUUAACUGAUAGGAUAUUCUGUGCAAUGGGAAGUAAGUUUAUGACCGCAGAACAAUCAACAUUUAUGAUUGACCUCCAGCAAGUGGGCAUGAUGUUGAGGCAUGCAAGUUAUCAGUCUUUAUGUCUGGUGGAUGAAUUCGGAAAAGGAACUCUAUCUGAAGACGGCAUUGGUCUCCUUGGUGGAACCAUAAAUUAUUUCGCUAAAUGCGAUAAUCCUCCUAAGGUUAUGCUGUCUACUCACUUGAGUGAGAUAUUUGAAAGUGGCUGUUUACUGGAGUCGAGCAAGAUCAAGUAUUACACCAUGAGUGUGCUAAGCCCAGAAGACAAAUGCACAGAUGUUGAAGACAUUGUAUUUCUAUAUAGGUUGGUUCCUGGACAUGCACAUCUUAGCUAUGGAUUACACUGUGCAUUACUUGCAGGAGUUUCUAAGGAAGUUGUAAAAAGGGCAGCAUCUAUACUGAUUGCUACUGGAGACAACAAGAAUGUUGACAGACUUCUCCAUGAGAAUAUAUCGGCACAGGAUCAGCAAUAUAAGGAGGCUGUGGAAAAGAUGCUAGCUUUUGAUACUUCAAACGGCAAUCUGCAUCUUUUCUUUGAAGAUAUCUUACCUUCUCAGCAUUGAAAGCAUAAGAACUCCGGAUUAUGCCACAUUCGACAGGUGUACAAACGCUGGUAGAGUAUUAAUGCAGUUUGAGAUCUCUUUUUUUUUUUUUGUUUUGUUUUUGGUGGCAUCUUAAUGCAGCCAGACAGUAACGAUCAUGUUCUUGAAAUGCACAGUUGUGUCCUCUACGCCUUCUGUACAAGAGAAUCAUUCUCUUGCUUCUUACCCUUCAUUUUCUUCUCUGCUAAAAUUGUGUUUUCUUUAAGAAAGCUUCAGCAUAGCAGGAACGUUAGACACAAGAAGGUUAUUGUGCGCCAAUCAUCAAAGUCGCUGCUUUCAGAUUUUAUUGGGUAUAAUGCAAUUCAUUUCUUCAA